GGCCGCUGGGAAGACGUCAUCGCUUCCGCCCUACUUCCUCCUCCUGUUGGCGGCGCUGAGAAUCCAAUAUGGAGUAAAUCGGUGGAGUGGCGAGAUGGGGCUCGGACGGGGCGCCCUGCACCGCCUCCCAGGCGCAUCUCCCCCGGCCGGCGAGCACUACCCGGAACCCUGAUUGGCCCGGUUCCCGGGGGCGACCCCGGCCCGGCCCCAGCGCAGCCGGCUGCCCGCCCGCCUUCCCGAGCGUGCUUGUUUUUCUGCUGUUCUCCCCCUCCGGGUCCCCUUCCCAAAUCUCGCCUCUGCACCCCCUCAGAGCCCCGGGGCCGUGCCCGGCCGGCCCACGGCGUCCGCUGCCUGGUGUGCCCCUUCCCAGACCUCGCCCUGAUCUCGGGGCUCUCCAUUUCCCCGCCUGCCUCGGCGCCCCCUUCAUCUCUAGCUCCCCCCCUCCACCACCAAAUCAGGAGAUGUCGGAGAUGUGAAGAAGGGGGGCGAGCGCACAGGAAGAUGAAGGGAGCCAGGCUGCACGCCGCGGGACAGGCGUCUAGGUGAACAAGAAAAUGACCGAAGAAACACACCCGGACGAUGACAGCUAUAUUGUGCGUGUCAAGGCUGUGGUUAUGACCAGAGAUGACUCCAGCGGGGGAUGGUUCCCACAGGAAGGAGGCGGGAUCAGUCGCGUCGGGGUGUGUAAGGUCAUGCACCCUGAAGGCAACGGAAGAAGCGGCUUUCUCAUCCAUGGCGAACGACAGAAAGACAAACUGGUGGUAUUGGAAUGCUAUGUCAGAAAGGACUUGGUCUACACCAAAGCCAAUCCGACGUUUCAUCAUUGGAAGGUUGAUAACAGGAAGUUUGGACUUACUUUCCAAAGUCCUGCAGAUGCACGAGCCUUUGACAGGGGCGUGAGAAAAGCCAUUGAAGACCUUAUAGAAGGUUCAACGACCUCCUCUUCCACUCUCCAUAACGAAGCUGAGCUCGGAGAUGAUGACGUUUUCACGACAGCUACGGACAGUUCUUCUAAUUCCUCGCAGAAGAGGGAGCCGACUACGAGGACAAUCUCCUCCCCCACGUCUUGUGAGCACCGGAGGAUUUAUACCCUUGACCCAUACCCCAUGGACCAUUACCACCCUGACCAGCGGUUGCCGCGGUCCUACCCCCAGGUCACCUUCCCAGAAGAUGAUGAAGAAAUUGUACGCAUCAACCCCCGAGAGAAGAUCUGGAUGACCGGUUAUGAAGAUUACCGGCACGCGCCGGUUCGCGGCAAAUACUUAGACACCACAGAAGACGCAGACUCCUACGUGCGCUUCGCCAAGGGCGAAGUCCCCAAACACGAAUAUACCUAUCCCUAUGUUGAUUCUUCGGACUUCGGCUUCGGGGAGGAUCCCAAAGGUAGUGUGAUCAAGACACAGCCGCCCAGGGCCAAGUCCCGUCGGCGGAAGGAGAACGGCGAACGGUCGCGGUGUGUGUACUGCAGGGAUAUGUUUAAUCACGAAGAGAACCGAAGGGGCCACUGCCAAGACGCGCCCGACGCCGUGAGAACUUGCAUUCGCCGGGUGAGCUGUAUGUGGUGCGCGGACAGCAUGCUGUACCACUGUAUGUCCGACCCCGAGGGAGACUACACUGACCCUUGUUCGUGUGACACAAGCGAUGAGAAGUUUUGCCUCCGGUGGAUGGCUCUAAUUGCCUUGUCUUUCCUGGCCCCUUGUAUGUGCUGUUACCUGCCCCUCCGGGCCUGCCACCACUGUGGAGUGAUGUGCAGGUGCUGUGGUGGGAAGCACAAAGCCGCCGCGUGACUCGGGUCCCCUACUUUCUGCUUCUCCAUCCACGGCCACAGGCAACUUGUCUCUUGCGCACUCCCCCAUCUUCUCCCUGGUUCCCUUCCAACUCCAAAAGGCUAGGCCGAUAAGAGGAGGCCAGGCUCUGUGGUCCCUUGGUGACAUCAUUCCAAACCUGGGGUAGCUGCCGCCCCCUGUGUCAGCCACCUACCCCCUCUCGCAGUGUUCUGAGGAAAGGAGCCUUCGGCAUAGACUCGUGUAUUUUACCAGCCUAUAAUCGUGCUGUCUUUCCUGAGUGUUGGUUUCCUGCCCCUCCUUCUCAUCUUUCUGGUUCUGCAGACUUGGAGGGGUUUAUUGAUUCCCCCGCCCCGCCGCCCCUCCUCCCCCCGCUCUGUGACUGUUUUUUUUUUUUUCUUCGUCUCCCCAUUCGGCUUGCCUGUCGCUAACUAGCAUAGGUCCCUCAGAGAUGUGACAGAAUGAUGAAGCCGGCACCACAGCAUGUUGUUAUGUGAGGAGGCAAUCUGGAUAGCAAGCAUGUACCACAAAACAAUAGUACUUUAACUCCUAACGCCAAGUCUCCCCAUCAGCUGCCGGUUUUGUCUUUAACCUGCUAUCAUCUCUUCUCCUGCCCCCCCCCCAUGAAUUAAUUCACUAAUGCAAAACAAUCACUUUUUAAAUGACUUUUUGAGCCUUAAAUCCAUACUGACUUGUGAGAAUCAGGAAAGAAUGUCUCAAGCUGCUUUGCACCCUCUUGGACCAGGGCUUGCAAGGGGAUUUGGGUUUCUGUGAGCUUGCUCAGUUUACCCAUAAAAUAAGACUUUUUAGAAUUGCGUUGCCACUUCUAAAAUCCUAGCAAUACUUAGAAUAACACAUCAGUGAGAUAAAUUUUACUCAAUUAUUUUACAAACCAAAUUGAGUUAUUCAAACACAAGCCAGUAUUCUGUGAACAAGUUCCAGAUGAAAAACACAGAAGUUGUGAAUGAAGUUGUAGCCAUUCCCUGCCCCUGCACUAUAUUUUUCGGGGUGCAUUUUAAAUACUAUCGAUUCAAACACUGGUGGCUUGCAUUUUUUUAGGUAUAUAUUUUUGGUUAGUUUGGGGGGGGUUGUUUUGUUUUUUAAUUUGAGGCUCAAUUCUUCAUUUAUACUUGAAAAAAACAAGGCCAUAUGUAAAGAAAAAAAAAACCCUUUCAAUGCCUAAGUGUCUUCUAUCACUCCACACCCACAGUUGCCACCUGGGGUGCACAGAUAAGGGUAGGUCACCAACUGAUUAUGCCUGUCCCUGAGCCAUGCAAAAGGCUCCUAAUUUGCUGGGGGUGGGGGGAGCACAUAUGCAUAUAUAUAUAUAUGUGUGUGUGUGUAUAUAUAUAUGAGAAUAGCCAAAUCCUAAGAAAAAAGACAAGCGGAAGUGGUUACCGAUACCUAGCAUGGUACAAUCAGAGCUCCGUGGGGACUGUAGGGAGCAGGUUGUUACUACUGGCCAUUCUUCCCACAGUGAUUAACGGCGGGUCCCCUUUAGUCCACCACCCCCCAAGCUCAGUCCCCUUUAGGUCUCCUUCUCUCCCCCCCCUCACCCCCUUUGCACACAGACAUCCGUCUUUAAAGGAAAAGGCCUUUUGUCCAGUCAGUCAGUCAUACCGGGAGAAGCUAGCCAUGCAUCCCUUCCCGGCAGUGCUUUCUGCUCGCCCGACAGACAGCCUGUCGUGUUUCUUUGGACAGAUGGACCAUCAGUGUAGAUAAUCAGCAUGCUUGUGCAUUACGUGGAGGUUGGAGGUGGGAGGUGUCAACUUUGUUGGGAUGACUGGUUGGGGCUCUCUGUUGUCAACAAGAUGCGGAAAGCGGUCGUCUCCACCAUUGUGGAUGGAGGGGGUCUCUGUGCUAGGAGACUCUAUAGACUGCCUCCAGCCGCCCUCCAGUGCUGUGGAGAGACUGUCCCCAGCCUGAGGGACUCUCCUCGGGCCCUCUCGCCUCUCUACCAAGCACAACACUAAUCCUGUUUCCUUAAAUCUCCGUUCAAGUGCCCCUAUUUAUUUCAGUGAGAAUGCGUGUCCGGUUGCCUCUGUCCCUGUUUGUGCGUCCUUCCUCCCAGCCAGUUCCCACCCUCCUAAGAGUUAUGCCAGUGGAUCUCACUCCUCUGUGCAUCACCUAUCUUUGGUUUGUGAAGGCAGCAGUUAAGGGCACAAAGACAGCCAUGGGGACAUUUAUGUAAAUAUGUUUAAUUGCCACACUGCAGCUGAACGGUGUGUAGUAUUUUCCCAGUCAGCUUUGCCAUACUGACGUCAAUCAUUUGAGAGAAAUUAUUCAGAUUUUAUUUUUAUAUCCAUGGUAACAAAACCUAACCAAAAGGUUUCCUGUUCAGAAGUUCCCCUAGCUCUCAUCCCAAGCUAUUCGCUCACAUUAACAAAUUAAAGUGCCUGAAGCAUAACGCAUUUAUUUACCUGUAUACUAAAACCCCUGUUGUAUUGAUUUUUUUUUUAUAAUAAGCCUUUUUACCUCUGUAAAAAUAUAUAUAUAUAUACAAGCGUAUGAUGUACAUUUUAGUUCUUAACUUUUUUAUGGUUUCUAAUAUGUAUGACCAAUGUAGCCAUUGCUUUGAAAUGUAAAUAUAAACACGUCCUAUC